GCGUGCCCGUAAGACUUUUUAUAUUAGUAUAGUGUCGUAAAAUACAAUUUGGUUUAUCUACAUCGAAGGAUCACACAUAGCGAAGCAAUUUACUCACACAAGUCGGAGUAUCCACGUGUGCAAAUAGGUAAUGGUAAUAAUGGUUCUGCACACUUGACUUAUAAGCGCAAUGUUGAGUAAAUAUUUACAAGUACUAUUAGUCUAUUUACUGAUUGAAGCUGAUGUUUGACAUCAAACAUUAAAUAAUUAAAAGUGUAUGACAAAGUAAUAAAAAAUUAAUUUUUACAUUGGAAUUUAUGUAAGCAAGCCGGUAAAAACAUCCGGACAAUUGCCGCGUAUUUGGAAUUCAAAAUCUAAAUUUAAAUAAUGACAAGACUUAGUAAAAACGAGCUGAGAUUUUAUUUCAUCGCCUGGACAUGCGGGAUUUUGUACUCGCUGUACCACGUGUAUUUAGCCGGACGAUAUAUCAGUACUGGCCACGGGAGUUACUAUGACUUUGCUGUAGGAUGGAGCUGGAUAAAAAGGAGACAAGAUAUUUCUGAUGGAGAGUGGUGGAGUUUUAUACCGCUUAUUAAAAAACUAGUGCCUUGGAUUGCUGUGCAAUUGUUAAUUAGUCAUUUUAUAAAAUAUAAAAAAUUUAAUAGUACGGUUUUAUGUGGCUGGUACAUUACAGUAACCGCAACAUUUUUAUGGACACAACUUGGAUUUUCAGGAGUUCUUUUAUUCUUAAUCCAGCCUUCGGUGGUAUGCCUGCUGAUAGCAAUCCGCAACUUACCCCUAAUUUACUUCGUAAAACUAGGAACAUUGUAUUUAUACCAAUAUGAUCCUCUGAUGAAUUUAGUCUGGAACGACUGGCUGCAGGUCGACCAAGAAUGGCAAUACCUCUUAACAGUAACAAUUUUCUGGAUUCAGUUACGGAGUAUCAGCUGCUCUGUAGACAAUGUCUCGCGGUACCAGCACAAAAAUCUCAGUAGUUUCUUCAAAAACUUCAUCGAGAUCACCGCGUACUGCCUAUACCUGCCAACUAUGUUCACUGGUCCGUUUUUCCUCUACUCAGACUUCCGUAAAAGUCUCAGCGGGUCAGAAAAGUGGACAGUGCAUCGCCUGGGUGUCACUGUUUUCAAUUUAUUGAGAUACACUUUCUGGCUGCUGGUCACCGAGCUGAUGAUGCAUUUCCUGUACACCAGCGCGUUGAAGAGUUACCCAGAACGAGUAGGUGCGCUCAACGCCUGGGCCUUCUACGGGUUUGGUUACUCCAUGGGCCAAUACUUCUGUAACAAGUACAUUGUCGUUUACGGACUCGCUGGUGAGUUUAGCCGUGCUGAUGAUAUUGAUGCUCCUCCACCGCCUAAAUGUAUCGGAAGAGUCCAUCUGUAUUCUGAAAUGUGGAAGCACUUUGAUCGUGGACUAUAUCAAUUUCUCGUCAAGUACAUUUACGGACCAAUAGCGCAGUAUAAUUUUCCUUUGAAGAAAUUCUUCGCUUCCUUCCUGACAUUCAGCUUCAUCUACGUCUGGCACGGACUCGCUCAAUAUGUUUUCAUUUGGUCGCUACUUAAUUUCAUUGGAAUAACUAUCGAAAGCAUAGCUCGUUACAUAGGAACCUCUUCAGUCUAUAAUUAUUAUUUGAAUAAAUACUUGUCACCGAAAAACGCAAGGAGGUUCCAUUGCCUGAUUGCUUCUCCGUUGCUUUCGAUGUCUGCCAUUUCUAACUUUUAUUUCUUCGGUGGAAUGGCUAUUGGUAAUUUAUUCACCUUCCGAUUCUUCCAAGAUUCCUGGAUUACUAUUUGCACCAGAAUAUUUUUCUCAUACUGUUGCUGUCAAGUUUCAACGGAAUUAAAAAUUUUAGAAACUAUUAAAUCAAAAAAUAAAUUAAUUACAAAUUAAUUGUUAUUUAUUAAAGUUAUAAGACAAUCAAAUUUAAAAUGUUGAUAAAUGAAUUUAUUUUAAAGAAAUAAACAUAAGUUAUGUUGGAGAAGA